CCCAGACACACUCAGAGUGGCGUGUAAAGGCGUGUUGAAGCAUCUCUGGUUCAGUCUCCAGACAGGUGAGAUGUGUGUGUUCAGGUGUGUGUGCGUGCUGCUGUGUGUGACGGUGAGUGUGUGUCUGAACCUGCUGGAAAAACCAGUGAUGUUCAGAGGACCGGCAGGAAGUUUGUUUGGAUUCUCCAUCGACUUCCACUCCUUCAACAACACGUUCUUCGUUGUGAUUGGAGCUCCCAAAGCCAACACCAGCCAGCCCGGGGUGACAGAGGGAGGGGGCGUGUUUCUGUGCACCUGGUCACCUGAUGGAGCCUGUGACAUCAUCGAUUUUGACCCGACAGGUGAUGAGGAACGCAGCCUCUCAGGUCUCAGGUUUCACUCCUUUAAGAGCGGCCAAUGGUUCGGAGCUUCGGUUCGCUCAGUCGGCAGCACACACCUGCUGGCGUGUGCGCCACUCUUUCAUUGGAACGUCAACCAGAAAGAGGCAGAGUCAGGAAAAACACCUGUAGGAAAUUGUCUCCUAUUGGACCAAAUGACCAGGAGCGCCACACCUUUCUCUCCCUGCAGAGGGGCCUUGAUGGAGGACGACUACAAACAGAGGAGCAACAGAAACGAUCAGCGCUACUGCGAGGUUGGCUUCAGCGCUGACAUCACCAAGGACGGUCGGUUGGUGCUUGGAGCUCCAGGAAGCUUCUACUUCCAGGGUCAGGUGAUCACAGUGGGUGUCAGUGACAUCAUCAACAGUGGACAGAGCGAUGGACCCAUCCAGUAUGUGGCUGGAAUCCACCAGUCAAAUGAGCAGGGAGGUUAUGACCUUUACCGAGGUUACUCAGUGGCCAGUGGUUUGUUGACCGGAGACGCCACAACAGAUUACGUGGUCGGGGUUCCAAAUGACAGGAACACGGCAGGAACAGUGAAGAUCUAUGACGGCAGGACGGCCGGCUCUCUGAGAGUUCACCACACCUUCCUGGGGACUCAGGUGGCGUCCUACUUUGGUCACAGCGUCGCCGUGGUGGACAUCAACAGUGAUGGUCUGGACGAUGUGCUGAUCGGCGCUCCUCUCUUCAUGGACAGAGUGAUGGGGCAGCUGCAGGAGAGAGGGCAGGUCCUUUUAUACCUGCAGAAGAAAAAGUCCUCCUUCUCCUCACAGCCUGACCAAUCACUGAUCGGUCAGUCGAUCUAUGGCCGGUUUGGCUCCGCCCUCUCCGUGCUGGGUGACCUGGACAUGGAUGGUUACCAAGAUGUUGCAGUUGGGGCUCCAUGGUCAGAUGGAGGAGGUGGCCAGGUGUUUAUUUACCUGGGCAACAGCAACGGCCUGUCAGCGACGCCCUCGCAAAUUAUUAACAGCCCAUUACCUGGCAGCAGGUCAGCGUUUGGAUUUUCUCUCAGGUCAGGUGUGGAUCUCGAUGGGAACGGUUACCCAGAUCUGCUGGUUGGAGCGUGGGGUGCAGACCAAGCCUUUCUCUACAGGUCUCAGGCUGUGAUCCGGUCCAGAGUUUCUGUCUCACUGCUGCCAGACUUCCUGAAUCCAGAUGUUAAACUGUGUCAUCACAAAAACACACCAGUUUCAUGUUUUGCUGUCCGAAUGUGUGUCCAUGUCUCUGGUCACAGAAUCCCUCCGCAGACAGGUAAAGGUGUCUUUAGGGGUAUUUCAGGAUAUGUUAAUAUCAGUAAUCUAAUUCUGUCUGUCUGCUGGCUGGUGGUGGCAGCUCUAAGGGUGGAGCUACACCUGGACACGCUGAAGCAGCCAAUGGCACGAAGAACUCUGCUGCUGUCAAACAAUCAGCCUCAGACGUCAAUGGAGCUGGUUGUAGAGAGGCAGGUGGGCGUGGCCUGUACCAAUCACACAGCAUACCUGAGGUCUGAAGAGGAAGUUCGGGAUAAACUGAGUCCGAUCUUCAUCACUGCUGAGAUCAGCCUCCUCAAUUCUACCCAGAAUGCUCUGUUGCAUGGUCAGACACAUUCAACAGUCCAGAGCCGGCUGAUUCUGGACUGUGGGGACGAUAACAUUUGCAUUCCUGACCUGAAGCUGAGUGCUAAACCUGUAUCAGACAGCGUGUUGAUCGGAGACGAUCAGUCCCUGUUGUUGUUGGUGUCGGCUACAAACGAUGGCGAGGGUGCAUAUGAGACCGAGCUGGUGGUCCAACUCCCUGAACACACACACUUCCAGAGCUGUCAGGGCGAAAACCGACUGGUGUGUGUUCAAAGGAAAGAAAACCAGACAGUUGUUGUCACCUGUGACCUCGGGAACCCAAUGAAACACAGACAGAAAGUCCAGACUGGUCUCCUCUUCAGCGUCGGCAACCUGGAGGAGGUGGACAGUCACAUCACCUUCAGCCUAAGAAUACGAAGUAAGAACUCUGUGAACUCCAGCAGUAACCAUGUGACAGUGAAGGUUCAGGUGAAGGCAGAGGCCACACUAGAGAUCAGAGGGGGAUCCGUCCCUCCAGAUGUCCUCUUGCCCCACCCGGACUGGCAGCCUGUAGGUAACCCUGGAAGUCUGGAGGAAGUCGGGCCACUGGUGGAGCAUGUGUAUGAGAUUAGGAAUCAGGGUCCCAGUUCUGUCAACGCCCGACUGACCGUAGACUUCCCUUCCACCUGGCGACAUCACUUCCUGCUCUACGUCAUCUCCACCCCGUCAGAAGAGUCCUUGAGUUGUCAGACACUGAACACAUCAGAUGUGAUGCCUUUAGAGCUCGUAGAUAACUCCAGUCUUGCUGUAGUUUCCCAGCCCAUCCAGCAAGAGGAGACAAACUCACUCGGACAAACCGUCCAUGUGAACUGCAGCAGCAGUGAGACGGGGUGUGUCCGGUUUGAGUGUGAUGUCAUGGAUUUGGGGCGGGGCUUUAGCGCCGUGGUAAAAAUCUCAGCUCGGCUUAAUUUGCACGCACUCACAGAGACCUCCUACCUGAACUAUGACCUUGUUUCUUCUGCCUCUUAUGAUGUCAUCAGCGCACCAUCAAAAGUCCAACCAGUGCUGCUUACAAGUGGACACACACAGGCUCAGCUCAGUGUGGUGUGGCGUCCUCCUGAUGGGGAGAAACCCGUUCCUAUUGGCUACAUCAUCAUGUCAAUUAUCUCUGGACUCCUCCUCCUCUGCCUGCUCUGCUUCAUCUUCUGGAAGCUGGGCUUCUUCAGACGCACCAGACCCCCCACUGAUGAGGAUGAUGGUGGUGAAGACGAUGGAGACCAGCAACUGGCUGAGGAGAGUCACAUGACUCAGUAACACGUCUUCGCCUGAAGCGCAAUGUCUUACAAAAUGUUUCACUGUUGCUUUAAACGAUCAGCCCUAAAUAAUCGAGCUCAGAGAUCCUCCUAUCAGAAGCCUUCGCUCUCAGAUUGCUGGUUCACUCUUCGUUUCCAUGGCCACCCAUCAUACGAGUCUCUUUUGGUGUUUUAAUUUCCUUCUCUUACUUUCUUCUUCAGUCACAACACAAAAUAAAGGCUGAUAUGUUCUAUCUUACAUUUAUUUCAAGUGUGCUAGUGCUAAUAUCCAACACUGAGUAGUCCAAAUUAAACAUGUUAAAGUCACAAACUAAACUCACAGACACUGUUUAUACAGAAAAAUUUAGAAAAUAAACAUAUUUUACUUUGCAUGCAUCCAUUUUAUAAUUUUUAAUUUCUUAAUUGCAUUUUACGGCAAUUAUAAUAAAAUGCAUGAAAUUGACAGAUUCUCACAGCCUGUUUUUAUUUAUAAUGACAACUUCAAAUUUUAUAGGAAAUAACUAUUCAAUUUCCCUGAGAAAUGGCAUGUUGUUGAAAAAAAAUGCAAUUUUUUUAUGAACAAGGAACUGUUAACUAAAUGUUUUUGUGUUUUAAAUAACAUUUUUAAGAAAUUUAAUUAGAAAUAUGCACCAAACCAAUUGAGAAAACUACAAAAAAUUGUAUUUCUUACUUUGGCCACCAGAGGGAGAGAAACUCUUGUCAAUUAGUUCGUUCAGAUUUUUUUGUAUUUAAAGAGCAGCAAAGGCAUUAUGAAUCUGUCAGACUGGAAACUUCCCCAGUGACUGAGACAGCAGCACCAUCUACAAAUAUCAACAUUUACACAUGAAAAUAUGACAAACUUCUAAUAAAAAAAG